AUGUCUUCCAACGGAGCUGAACGUCUGGCAAACAGAAAGCCCAUCAAGAAACCCGUCCCAGCUUAUCUCCCAUCCCCAGGCUCAGUCCUUACCGUUGAUAAGGCCUUGUAUACUUCAAUCCGCGAAGCACCGCGUGAACUAAUCGAAGAAUUCACUCUACCUAUUCGAUCUGGAAAAGCAUGGAAAGCCCCGGCGGGAUGUAUCGUCAAGAUCAGCACGCCUGAGGGGCCGCAGGUUGGCGACUUGAAUAUCUGGAACGCAUAUAACCCGCGUGAACGCUUCUGGGCGUCCCGCACCAAACAACUCCACGCAUCACACGUCUCAACGUACGACCGUCUCUGGUCUACGCUCCCCUACAUGCGUCCCCUGGCCACCAUAAUCACCGACACUUUGGACUGGUAUGGCACAGAUGAGCAUGGGGGUAGAGUGCACGAUCUCCUCGGCACGCGAUGUGAUCCGUACAUCAACACUGUUCUCAGCGGAGGACAGUAUAACUUCCAAUGUCACUCUAACCUCACGCGCGCGGUGCUGCCUUAUGGUUUGAACGAGGGUGAUGUUCAUGAUGUUAUUAAUAUCUUUCAGGUCACGGGGUUGGAUGAGCAGGGGAGAUAUUUUAUGAAUCCUUGUCCGGCAGAGAGGGGGGAUUAUAUUGAGUUUUUGGCAGAGCAGGAUUUGCUUAUGGCUUUGAGUACUUGCCCUGGUGGUGAUUUAUCGCUUUGGGGUUUUGGGGAGGAUAGUGAGGAGGAGAUGAUCAAGUGCUGCCGACCUCUCAAGGUUGAAGUUUAUCGUCUCAAGGAUGAGACUCUGCUGCAGAAGGGUGGAUGGAGACCAGCUGAGGUUUCUGGGUAUAAGGGACGUCAUGGCUUAGAUGUACCGCUUGGUGAGAACAGAGAGGAGAAGGCUUAG